AUGUGUGACACAACCGGUGUGGGGCCCGUUGGCUCGGUAGGAGCGGUGGGCUCGGUGGGCUCGGUGGGCUCGGUGGGCUCGGUGGGCCCGGUGGGCCCGGUGGGCGUGCUGGGCAGCGCGUACAACACGCUGGAGGCGGGCGGGGGGUGGGGCGGCGCGUGGGCGUGGGGCGCGGCGGGCGCGGUGCGACCCCCGCCCGGCUUCUCCGCGCCGCCGCGACCGCCGCGCGCCUACGACCCCUUCCAUUCUCUCGCGUCCAUCUGGGCGCCGGGCGCGGCCGACUGGCGCUACGAGCCCGCCGACGCGCCCUCGCCCGCGGCGCCUACAGCGCCCACAGCGCCGACAGCGCCCGCCCCGGCCGAGCCCGAGGAGCGCUAG